AUGAUCGAAAGCAGCAUCUUGUCCCGUUUCAAGGACGUUCUGGCAAGUUAUUCGGACGACUUCCACACCGUGCAGAAGAUCUUGGAAGAAGAUCCCUCGCUCGACAUUAACGCAAUAGGGUAUAAUGGGCAUGGGCUACCUUUCGCCUUCCACGACACCCCGUUAUUGGCCGAUACCGAUAUCUCACCACUGCAUCUUGCCUGCUACCUUAACAAUGAACAGACCGUUAAUGUACUACUUGACCGCGGUGCUCAUCAGAGACCUACCAGCCAUUCUGGGGUCACACCGCUUCACUGCACGAUCCAAUCCAGAGGAGACUAUUCAAAGACUCGCAAAAUUGUGCAAAAUUUGCUACAACGAUUCCCAGAUCCUCAGACGCGCACAGGACACAUCGAGACAGCAGACCAUCUUGGCCGUACAGCGCUGCACCUUGCAAUACACCACUCCAACUAUGACCUAGUCGAGUAUUUAUUAGUGGAAGAAGGGGCGGACAUUCUCAAAACGACCAAUAUCGGCCAAACCUGUCUGCACAUCGCCGCACAAAAUUUUAACUGCGAAAUCACCAAGUACUUGUUAUCGAGGCCUGAGGUAGACCAGGAAUUUGUCCGAAGACGAGACAACUACGAGAACACUGCUUGGGAUAUCGCGAAUGGUUGUGGAGAACCACAACACCUAUACGGCGCAUUUCGAUGGAGGAACGUGAGGUCUUACCUGGAAAAGGAGCUGUCGACCAAAGGGGUUGCGAGCAUGAGAACCAUCACUCAAAGCCACAGCCUUCUAUCUAUUACACCUGAGGCGGAUACCCAUUACAGUCUCGAAUGGCUCAACAACGCACUUUUACUCAAGGCAAAGGCGCCUGGCAGGAUCAUUGCCCAGUUCGCAAAUGGCUUGUUGGACGAUCAUGUCAAGGGCGGUCCAGCCGAAAGCAGCAAUGCCUUGAUAAGAUACAGAGAGCCAAGCUGCGUUUUCGAUCAAGGGACAGAUUUCAUCUCGCUUGUGUUCCCUUACUUCCACCUACAAGCAACAGAUGAAGCGGCAUACUGGAGAGUUGACAGCAAAAGAGGUUACUCGUAUUCACAUCUAAACAGAGAGUGGUCAUACUGCGUCAGUUCAAGAUCGAAGUCCUAUGGCAUAUGUCUGCCACUCACUCUUGAUGAAUACUGCUGUUCGGCAUUGACCUGGGAGACCUUGAGUCAGCGUAACGAAGACCAAGUCUACGCGAAGGUGAAUGCGGCGUCAGACAGUACCGGAAAGUUGGUAUCUAUCAGCCAGCUUUGGCUAUGGAGUUUCGGAAACACGGUCGUGGUAUCACCAGCGGGUGAUCCUACCUUCACCGAUAUUGAGGAUCCCGACGACCCAGACCUAGGGAGAGGUCAAGCCACGGAAGUAGGAGAAAGAACAGGGGUCAUGUCAAGGACGGGAGAUCCAAAGAGACGUGUUGGACAGAUUAUUGCCCAUCUCUUGUUGUACCUGGAUGACCCGAACAAGAGCAGCGCAACGGAAGAGAGGGAGUCCAGAUGGCCAGCAUUCGGAGACACAUCCUAUUCCCAGUCUACCGAUGAGUCCAUCUUGAACACGUUCCAGAAGGCGAUCACUCUGGUCUCCGAGGACGUCAAUCAAUACCUGAAACACAUAUCCAUGGACAAGAUCAACAGCGAUCAAGAAAAACGCUAUAUUCACGACAUUGGCGACAUCCGAGAGGAGCUCUCAAUGAUCAAGCGUGUCGUGAUCCAGCAAGAAGGCGUGUGGAAAGACUUCGCCCUUACCGCAUGGCCCGACUUUUGGCCAUUCGGGCCUGACGGUCGAAUGACAGUACCCGUGGAGAUACUGGCCAAAGCAAGCGAUGCUGAGCGGAACGAAUGGCGGAUCAUCGUCAAGAUUCCAGCGACGUUCUCCAAGUACUACCGGCGUCUGGAAGCACUGGACGAGGAUGCAGCGCGUGUCGAACAAGCGAUAGCGGUCAAGUUGGACUUGAUGGCGAAACAUGCGACCAUCCGUGAGAGCCAUACGAGCGCCAUCAUGAGCGCUGCUGUGUUUGGCUUUACGCUGAUCACCAUUGUUUUCACUCCUUUGUCGUUCUUUGCGAGUUUGUUCGCGUUGCCGAUCGACAGCUUCCAGCGGAGUCAGAUAUCGGGAAGGUUUUCGGAUGAGUCGGGCAUGUAUACGACUGACUGUAUCGGCAGGUGGAUCGCAACUGGAGAGCUCGUUGCUGUUGCUGUCACUUUCUUCGCUAUGUGGCUGGCUGUGAGGUAUGGGAUGGGCGUGCAAAUCUUCACUCCAAUCUGGGGUCGGUUUAGAGGUGCGUGUGGCCGAUUCAUGGUAUCAAUGGAGGUUCAGGCAGAUAAAGAGAGGCCACGGCCAGUGUCUCCACGCUCGGGAACAGACGCGCAAGCUUGA